AUGAACAGAUCAUUCGUGGUAAAAAAAGAAGAACAUCUCUUGACGAAACAACAUCAAGAUGCAAUACUUAAAGUUAUUCAUCAAAUGAGAUUACAAGUACUCGAUACACAAAUGGAUACAGAUGUUGCUUGGACAACAAAUACAACAACUAAUAGUUAUUCUGCAUCGGUUCAAUUGCAGGAGUUGUAUGAAACAUUGAAUAUUUUGGCAGGCGGCAUCGAGACAUUGAAUAAUGAUGGACAACGUCUUAGCAAUGAAUCACUUGAAUGUCAAAUUAAACUUCAAAAAUUGACAGAAGUCUUUUCGCAAGUUAAGUUAUCUGUCGAAGAAUCACAUGGUUUUUUGGAAGGAGUGAAACAGAAUCAAGACAUUCUCAAUCAAGAUUUAGCAUCAUUGAAAGAAAGAAUCAAUGAUAUGCAGUAUGUUUCAUAUGAUGGAACAUUUGUAUGGAAAAUUACAAACUUUCAAGAGAAAAUGACUGAUGCACAAUCUGAGCGACAAACUUCAAUCUAUUCUCCGCCAUUUUAUUCGUCACCUACUGGCUAUAAAAUGCGAGCACGUUUAUAUCUCAAUGGAGAUGGCAAUGCACGUCGUACACAUAUUUCACUGUUUUUUGUGCUCAUGCGAGGUUCGAACGAUCCUAUUCUCAAAUUUCCGUUUACCUAUAAGGUCACAUUUUGUAUGUAUGAUCAAACGCCACAACAACGACAUAUCAUUGAUUCAUUUCGACCAGAUAUUAGAUCGAAUAGUUUUCAGCGACCAAGAUCCGAUAUGAAUAUUGCAAGUGGCAUACCAAAAUUUUUUCCAUUGGCAAUGAUUCAACAGGAAGGAAAUCCAUAUGUUCGAGAUGAUACAAUGUUCAUCAAAGUGAUGAUUGAUUUUGGUGACAUGCCUAAAACGCUUUUGGCUUACGCUUUGAGUAUCAAUCCAGGCCUACCAACCCAUGUUCAACAGACAAUGAUCAAACAAGAAGCGGAACGUAGAGCUCAACAACAACCCCAGCAGCAACAGCACACACCCACUACAUAA